AUGCCAGAUAUCCUUGCCCAGUCCGCUCUAAUGCCGUCCAUCAGUCCCUCCUCUCUCGCGGUCUUCGUGAUUGUGUUUGUUGCUUAUCGUCUUGUAAAGCAUACCAGAAGUCCAUGGCGCAAGUUGCCUCCGGGGCCCAGGGGCCUUCCCAUCAUCGGCAAUGUGUUCCUGCCCCGAAACCAGCAAUGGCUCAUGUUUACCGAGUGGAAAAAAUCUUAUGGUGCCCUUGUGUACUUGAAUAUGGCUGGACAGCCUAUGGUCGUCAUUAAUUCGCACAAAGUUGCGACGGACCUUCUUGAUCAUCGCGCAGCAAAUUACUCCGACCGUCCUCGAUUUGUUGUCGGAUCUGAAAUCAUGUCGGGUGGGCUUCACAUAUUCUUAGCUAGAUACACCGAUGUUUGGCGGCGUAUGAGGAAAGCCACUCACGAAUGCAUGCGAAAGAACAUUGUCCACCGAUACCAUCCAAAUCAGAGGCGAGAAGCUAUCAUCAUGGCGUCUGACAUGCUCACUUCCCCUCAGAAUUGGAAGAGUCACAUCGAACGAAACGCUGCUUCGUUCAUCAUGUCGUUUGUGUACGAUUCCGAUCCCAUUCUGUCAGAGAAGGAUUCACGCGCCCACCGAAUGACCGAGGUUAUCAAUGGGCUCGCUUCAGCGAGUCUCCCCGGAGCCCAUCUUCUAUCGGAUAGGUUCGCUAAGUGGAAGCGCGAUGCGGAACAAUGCUUUGUCCGCGAUUCUAUGAUGUUCGAAGGGCUAUACAAUGGUGUGCGCAAGAGCCUGAUGAAAGGCGAUAAUCGCCCUAGCCUCUGUGCUACUCUGAUUGAGGAACAAGCACGUCACGAUUUAUCUGAGCGAGAGAGUGCUUGGGCUGCAGCAUCCACAUAUGUCGCAGGCGCUGACACAACAGCCGCCUCGUUUUCCUGGUGGAUGCUUGCUAUGCUUGCAUAUCCCGACGCACAGAAACGUGCGCAGGCUGAAAUUGACAGCGUCGUUGGGCGUUCUCGUCUCCCUUCCUUUUCCGAUAUGGACCAUCUGCCGUAUCUUCGUGCUAUGGUCAAGGAAACAUUUCGCUGGCGCUCUCCCGACCCCCUUGGUGUGCCACAUUCUUCUUGCAAAGACGAUUGGUAUCAAGGCUUGUUCAUUCCCGCCGGCACUAUCUGCAUAGUCAACUGCUGGGCGCUCAACCACGAUCCGGAUAUAUACGGGCCAGACGUUGAUCAAUUCAGACCAGACCGUCAUCUUAACAAUCAGGCUCUUAUCGUUCCUGGUUCCUCUGAUACAAAGGAGGACGGCCAUGUCUCGUAUGGGUUCGGGAGGCGAAUUUGUAUCGGGAAGCACCUGGCAAAUAACUCAUUAUUGAUUGAUAUGGCCAUCAUGCUCUGGGCGAUGAAUAUAGAGCGUGCGACGGACGAAAAUGGUAUCGAGCUCCCAUUAGAUAUUGAUGGAUCUGUUGACGAGGGGCUCAUGGUUCGUCCUGUUCCCUUCAAGUGCAAGACUACACCUCGGUUUCCUGAGGCAAUAUCUAUCCUCGAGCAAGAAAGGGAAUUGAUUGGUUUUUGA